ACUUCAGAUACACGACGAAUACUAACAAUUCAUUCACAAUCAAUACUUUCCCGAGUCAACACAUACUGUAACAAAAAAAAACAUUCUUCCAAAAUGUACUCCUUCAUCCCACGAGCUGCCCCAAUACACAGAGACGUGACUGUUCAAACUUCCAAUGGAUGUCAAUACCGCGUCAAAUCAGAAUUGGCCAACCAAAUGGUAGCUAUAAGGUGUCUCCUGGCCAAAUCAGCAGAUAUCUCAGUCAUACCCUUAGAAGACAUUGAUUCCGAAACCUUUGAACUGGUGCUGAAAUGGUGCAGAACUGUGCGAGAUAGCAAGGUUACGUUAAAUGAGCAUUCGGCCCGUACGAUGUUCAAGAAGCUGGUGCAAGAGUCCAUCGAUGAUCGUAUUAUGAUAUAUAAAUUGAUCUUAGCUGCCAAUUUCUUGGAUAUCGAGAGCCUUUGGGGAGCCACCACGCAGCAUCUUUCCGAUGAGAUAAACGAAUGCAAAAGCGUUCAGGACAUGAACAAGAUAUUCAACGUAAAAUAGUUCAAAUUGUAUUAAAUUAUUUUUAAAAAUUUCUU